UACUAAAUUUUUUUUAAAAGUAUUGGUAACAUUAACAUGGAUGUAACUUUGGUUUACACACAACAGCUUUAUGUUAAAAUUGCUUGCCAUACACACGGCCACGCCGGAGAGGGAACGGUUACGCGGGCACGCAUGGUCUAUGAACGCGCACAGGUAGAUUUCUAUAAUCAGAGUUCAGGUUAACCUGGAAAUCACAGCCGCGAGACUCGAGGAAGCAGAUUUAAAGCGGUAUUCACCAAUAUGUCUGACCGAUCAAGACCUGGGUAUUAUCGCCAGGAGGUGAAUAAAACCUUUUGGGAGGUACCGGAGAGAUACAGAGAUCUGAAACAGGUGGGGACCGGGGCAUAUGGUACAGUAUGCUAUGCAUUUGACCGGAGGACAGGGGCAAAAGUGGCCAUCAAGAAGCUCCAUCGUCCCUUCCAGUCUGACCUGUUUGCCAAAAGAGCUUAUCGAGAGCUCCGGCUGCUCAAACACAUGAAGCAUGAUAAUGUAAUUGGGCUCCUGGAUGUUUUCACUGCAGACCUUUCUCUAGACCGAUUCCAUGAUUUUUACUUGGUCAUGCCUUACAUGGGUACUGAUCUAGGAAAGUUAAUGAAAAUGGAAAGACUAUCAGAGGACAGGGUCCAGUAUCUGGUCUACCAAAUAUUGAGAGGACUCAAAUAUAUCCAUGCUGCUGGAAUCAUUCACAGGGAUCUCAAACCAGGCAAUCUGGCAAUAAAUGAGGAGUGUGAGCUUAAGAUCCUGGAUUUUGGUCUAGCUCGGCAAGCAGACAGUGAAAUGACGGGCUAUGUUGUGACACGUUGGUACAGAGCACCUGAGGUCAUUCUUAGCUGGAUGCAUUACACACAGACUGUGGACAUCUGGUCAGUCGGAUGCAUCAUGGCAGAGAUGCUGCUAGGGAAACCACUGUUCAAAGGAAAUGACCAUCUGGAUCAGCUGAUGGAGAUCAUGAAGAUUACAGGGACGCCCACAAAAGAGUUCACAGCCAAACUCCAGUCUGAAGAUGCUAGAAACUACAUAGCAAAGUUACAAAAACUUAAAAAGAAAGAUCUUCGGGCAAUAUUACCAAAUGUUAACCCACAAGCGAUUCAUGUGUUAGAAAGCAUGUUGCUCCUGGACCCUGAAAGUAGAAUAACAGCAGCAGAGGGACUGGCUCUUCCUUUCUUCUCUGAUUUUCAUGAACCAGAGGAGGAGACAGAGGCCCCACCGUAUGACCAUUCACUGGAUGAGGCUGAGCAGUCAUUGGAGCAAUGGAAAAAACUCACUUUCACUGAAAUUCUGACCUUCUAUCCGGCACCAGCGGUGGCAGAAUCUAAAGAGACGGCUCUCUGAGAUGAUUACUUUUACAUCAUCCAGGCUUUAAUUGUUUUUUUUUUCUU